UGCGUUAAACAGAGUUCCUUGUGACUUGCGGCCUACUCUCUUCUCUCACAUUCUUCUUCCUAUUCUACCAAAAAAAGCCUAAAUUUUACCAAAUUUUAUCUCAUGGAUUGGGUUCGUGGUGAAGCUGUUGGUCAAGGAAGUUUUGGAAAAGUCAGUUUUGCAAUACCCAAAAAACAGAGUACCCAAAUUCUUCCAUUGAUGGUAGUGAAAUCAUCUGGGGUUUCUCAGUCGGCUACCCUCAUCAACGAGAAGAAAAUUUUGGAUGAACUUAAAAGUUGCCCUGAAAUUAUCCGCUGCUUUGGUGAUAGUUAUUCAUUCGAAAACGGCGAAAAUUUGUACAAUGUUUUAUUAGAGUAUGCUUCUGGAGGUUCCUUAGCAGAUAAACUCAAGAAUUCGAAAAAUCAAAGGUUGUCGGAAUUUGAAGUUAAAGGAUACACAAAGGGUAUGCUCAGAGGGUUAGAGUAUAUUCAUGAAAUUGGUUACGUUCAUUGUGAUAUAAAGCUUCAAAAUAUUCUUUUAGGCCAAGAUGGUAAAGUGAAAAUUGCUGAUUUUGGAUUAGCAAAGAGAGUUGGAACCAAGAAGGAUGAUAAUUUGCGAUGUGAAUUAAGAGGUACCCCAUUGUACAUGUCGCCGGAGAUGGUCACCGGCGGCGAACAGGGUACGGCGGCGGAUAUAUGGGCACUUGGGUGUGUGGUGGCUGAGAUGGUUACCGGAGUUCCAGCUUGGAAAUUCUCAGAUGUUACACAACUGUUACUGGCAAUUGGAGUAAAAAAUCAGUUGCCUCAAAUCCCAGAGAAAUUAUCAGAAGAAGGAAAAGAUUUUUUAGAAAAGUGCUUUGUAAAAGAUCCGAGUAAGAGAUGGACGGCUGAGAUGCUUUUAAAUCAUCCCUUUGUGGCGGCUGAUCAUGAUUAUUAUGGCACUGUUACAUUCAAUGAAGAAAAUAAGAGUGAAAUUCCAUCAACAUCUCCUAAAUGUCCAUUUGAUUUCCCAGAUUGGGUUUCUGAUCAAUUACCGGAAACAUGUUCAAUUACUUGUCUGCCCUCGUCGGAAAAUCAAGAAAAGCUGAAUUUGAACACUGGGUCAUGGUACAAUUCAGCGGCGGAGAGGCUCCGAGGACUAGUGAGUGAAAUUAGACCUAAAUUCACUGAAUGGUCUUCUGCUGAUGAUUGGGUCAAUGUUAGGUGAUUUUUUUCAAGAGAAAAGCCAGAGGAAGAUGCCGAUUUUCCAAUUUUCCAAUUUUUUGAGGAUAUGUUUUAGGCCUCUGGUUUUAUUUUUAUUUUUUACCCUUUAGUGAUUAGGCAGUUAGGCUAGUCCAAUUCUUUUUACUAUUUUUUUAUUGUACAUGAAAUUGGUUUCCACAUACAAUACAAUAGGUUCUGACUUUUUAUCAAGACAACUGAUUUGCGCUCAACAAAGUGUACAGUGUUGGAUUAUAAUUGUAUUGAAUAGUGAUUGAUUUCUCGGAAUGGGAAUUGCAGAAUGGCAAUGGUGCACUUGUG